AUGUUUCAUACCGAUCAGCAACGUAGGACCAGCCUCCGCAGUUUCGUUUCUGCGCAAGCUCCCAACAAUAGCAGUGAAGCCGGUGGAACGAUGGUGGUGGAGACGGCUGCAAAGCCACCCGGGAAGGCCGUCAAGCCAGAUGACCCAACCGUGGUCAUUUCCAAGAUGUUGUCGUGGCUUUUGCGUCACGGCAUCAAGCACAAAAGCGUCGGUCUGAAUUCGGAAAGUGCCGAUGGCUGGGUCAAGGUGACAGAGGUUCUCACAUCCGAGUAUUUUAAAGAAAUCACAAAAGAGAUCCUGAUGAAGGUGAUUGUCGAUUCCAACGCUCAGAAGCUUCGCUACCAGCUCUCUCCGGACUGUGUCUACAUAAGAGCAUACAGCAGAGAUGAGAAGAAGGCUUUCAAGGAAGGCGCAGCAAGCACAACUGCAUCAGUCUCUGUGCCUGCUCCUCCGGAAAAGAAAGGGACACUGCGUGGAGAAGCCCCAGAAUUCGUGCCUUCGACGAGCCCUAUGCUUUCUUCCAUGCAAACUUCAGGAUACCCUCCAUGGCCGCUUCUUUAUCCCCAACCGACGAUGAUGCCGUAUGUGCCCGUCCAGGUCCAGCGCAAGGGCACCGGCGAAAAAGGCGGCGGAACAUUUCGUGAGUUGGGAAGAAUAAAGUCUUUCUACGACGACAAAGGUUACGGUUUCAUUGAAUGUCCCAGAGUCACGCAGCAGUUUGGCCGCGACCUCUUCGUGCACAAGGCACAGCUGAAUGGUUUCAAAGUGGGUGACGAGGUUACUGUCACUGUGACGGUGAAUGAGGCGGCGGCGGUGAACAUAUGCCGCCAAUGGAAGCGCUUCAGAUGUCAUCUCUGUCCCGGGCCUAUGUGUUUGGCCAAAUUCAAAGAUGCGCGCCUGGCUGUAACAAUUAGUAAGUUGGUGCGGCAGACAGGUUGGGAACAAGGUCUUUUACUAGCACUGGGUCGACUGAAGGAUCAUGAGGCCACUGAUGUACCCGUGCACGACGGCCUGAGAGUGUCUCGAGAUCGUCUUCUGGUCAUCUCAUCCGGCAUUAGUGCUCUAUCUCAGGCGUCGGCCUGGACCAAGGCAUUAGGCCUGCUCUCUGCAUCCGGAAAGUAUUUGGUGCAGCCAGACGUCGUCCUUUACAAUGCGACAGCUGCAGUAUGUGGUCGUGCGUCUCACUGGCAGUGGUCGUUUCAUCUUGUCGAUAGCAUGCUUGGAGGCAGGGUCCACGCCGACUCAGCGAGCCUUAAUGUGCUGAUCAGUGCGUGCGGCCGUGCGUCUCGGUGGGAGUUGGCGCUGGCCUUCACUGUUGGCGAUUGCAAGUUACAAGGGCAACGGCAGCUAGAUGCGCUUGGCGAAGCCAAAGGGGUUGGAGCAGCCAUUGAUGCGUUAGGUCGAGCUGGGCAGUGGCGCAUUGCUCUGUCCCUAUUGGACGAAGUGCGGACCCGAAGCGUAGCGAGCAUUGGAUGCUUCAAUGCUGCCAUUGCAGCGGCGGCUCGGAGUGGGCAGUGGCUUCAGGCUUUCCACUGCCUGGAAUCCGUCCGUCGCUUUCGCCUGACCCCAUCGGCAAUCACAAAAGGAGCAGAGAUCCGUGUCUUGGGUUUGGGCGACAAGGGCCAGGGCCCAAGUAGCUUGGGCUGGCAAGCUUGCCUCACUGCACUUCUCCAGCCAAGCCCGUCUUUGAACCUCCAUGUGCUGAAUGCAUCGCUCAGCACCUGCGGACGGGCUCGUCGCUGGGAGCUUGUGCAUUCAUUGCUGCAGCUGAUGCCCCGCAUGGUCAUCGUCCCAGAUGCGUUGAGCGCGUCUGCCGCGGUCUCUUCAUGUGCUUCCUCGUUCAAGUGGGAGCAUGCCUUGGAACUUCGUCCAGGGGAGUCAGAUUGGAAAAGCCUUGGUCUGGAGUUUUCAGCAUCACGCUCCAUCUUUGUCUGUGUGCCACAUGUUGCAUUCUGGUGGACGCGACGCUUGCUGCGUCACAUAGUUUCAAUUUUGCACAGUGCACCGAAGACCGAGCAAGAGUUUGGGGCUUGCUUGCUUGCAUGGGACACCUUUAAGUCGUACAGUCCAGAGCUGUCUGCUUGGAAUACGCUGCGGCACAAAGAGCAUUUCGAGCGGCUGCACGCCGCGAAAGCCAGGGCCCUCACGGCAGCACUGCAGAGGCUUCAUGGAUCUUAUCGGCAAGUCUGGAUUCUAAGCUUGCCGAAGUGUUUCCUGCAUACCGCCUACUCGGCCUACCCUGUGGGGGACGGCAGCUUGGCGCGGGUAUCACAAAAGAUACUGGGACCAUCGUCAGAGAUUUUGGAGUUCGAGAAAUCACGAGUGCCCCGCCCGACACACAGACGGCACGACCCGGCAGACGGCCACGAAGGCUUACUCUUCCACGUGAUGCAAAGGCAGAGCACGCAGGUUUUCGACAAUCUGAACGUCGUGCAGCCCUGUAGCACUGUAGCGCAUGUAGCGAAAGAAGCGUGCCUGCGCUCGUCGGAUCUAGUGGCGAUGGAAGGCUCGUCGCCUCAAGGAUCGCCUGUGGCUAUCGACUUUCUGAACAAUGCCGGAGCACAGGAGGAUGUGCCAAGGGGAAAGGAGAAAAGUCAACCCUUACACCCGCGCGAGGAUAAGCGGUCGCUGCAAGACAGGCCUGCUUAUGCCUUUUUGCAGAACUGUCGUCAACAAACGGUGGAAGGGCUCGCAGGCUACUUCCGUGACCCAGGAGACAGAAUGGGUGAAAUACUGGAGUUGACGCCGGCAGAGUUUACACCCUGCGCACAUGGAGCAGAGCAUGAGGAGGAUGAUUCGCAUAAGAUCGGAGAGCUACCCAGCACUGCAAUAUGCGGAAACGACAUCACCGCCAGCUGUUUUUAUGUGGUGGGAGAGCUCUCCAAGAAUGCUGGAGUGUUUGUCACCGGCGUCACUAGAGCUUCCGCUUUUUUCGCUCGCAUCCCCAUUGCUUCCGAGCUGCACCUCUGCUUGUGUUAA